CGGCAAUUCACACCCUCCCUGCCCUCGUGCCCACUGUAUGUCGCCAUGCACGAUUUGUACAUACCCAGCCGCGAUAUUCCUAUUGUCGCCGAGCAUACUGAUUCCACCCUCCGCCGCCAUACUGUAGCUGGAUGAGUCGGGCCCAGCGUCCCGCUGCCGAUUGACGCCAUCGACCAUGUCAGACUCCGUCGAUCGCGUCUUCAGCCAUGCUCUCAACACCGUCAACAAGAUCCGAACGGGUGCUCAGAAGCCGCCAUCCGCCGUCCGCCUCCGACUCUAUGGCUUGUAUAAACAGAGCAUGGAGGGUGAUGUGGAUGGUAUAAUGGAGAGACCAGAAGGCAGUGGUGAAGAAGUGCACCGCGCGCGCGAGAAGUGGGACGCAUGGAAGCAACAGAAUGGGCUGUCACGGACAGAAGCUAAACGGCAGUAUAUAACCACAUUAAUCGACACAAUGCAUAAGUUCGCCUCCCCGAGUCCAGACUCCCGAGAACUGGUCGCGGAACUGGAGUUUGUCUGGGAUCAAGUCAAAUCGAACGUCCCCUCCUCAUCGUCAUCUUCGCCCCUUCAAACUCUAGGUACCAUGGGCCUCCACAUGCCCCCGCCGUACCCAGGCCUCGGAUCCAGUGGUACACGCGACUACCGGGCUGUCGACCAGAUACCCUCAGACGCGCCUCUACGAGUUCAAAGCCCUAUGUCGCAAGACGAAGAGGAGGAACUUGAUGAUAUGGACGAUAACGGCGAGGAGUUCGUAGACGCUCAGGAUUCCCAAUACAACCCCAAUCUGGAACAUGAGGAAGGGAACGAGAAUCUAAACGAGAUGAGAGAGUCGCCCUAUGGCAAAAGCCCAAGCCGGACACCUCCUCCCGCACCGAACCCAUCAGACCAUAAAUGGCGCCGGCGAGUUGAGCAGGCGCUCGUAAAGAUGACCGCCGAGGUCGCCGCAUUAAGGGAACAGCUCGAAUCCCGUCGACUUUUCAGUAGCAGUCGGAGAUACUCUUUUUUCUCCUGGCUAUUACGGACUGCUUGGACUGCUCUGAAGCACAUUGCUAUCGACUUUGUUAUCCUCGGAAUAUUGCUCCUCUGGAUGCGACGGAAGAAGGACCCCCGACUUGAAGGUGCUGUUCGGGUGUUGCUGGGCGACGCCGUUGUUCAAGUACAGAAGGUUGGAGGGGCACAGAUGGCUAAGAUGAUGCCUGCGAAGAAACCGAGCUGAAUAUAAGUCGUUGGGUUAUAAUUUUUUGGUGUUCGAUCAACAAGACAACAGCAAAUAUUACUACAAUCUAGAUGACUGGAACAUCUUGGAUUAGCCAUAGUCAGGCUUUUAUUUUACGGUAACGAGUUAAUGAUGGGAUUACAAGUAUGAGAAUUGGAUACGUUGGCUUGAGGCCGACGCUGUAAUUUUAGGUAGCGCUCCAGGGAGAUGAGAUGGAUAUGACCAUUUGAAUCCCGCAUAGUAGUAUGAAACUGCUUUUUACAAAACCUCA